CGACCGACCUUCUGACUACGUAAAAUUUGAAGUUGAAAGCCAUGGCGUACAGCGGGGUCUCCUCGGUGUCGAAUUGCCUUUUUACAGGAUGAAAGACCUUCGCGACGAGUCUCGAAAAUUCACAGUCUAUCCAUUCCUUGGGGAGGUACUGACCUCAUGGUUGUGGAACGCACCUGUUGAUCCCGAUUGGCAUAACAUUGAUUCUUUGCGAUUUUGCCUUGUGGCGGAGAGGGUCCUCCAGCAAGAUGGGACGUUUAGGCCCGAAUGGUCGCCUGCGACUAUUGUGAGCGAGUGGGAGGACUGGCCACUCCUGGUUGAAUUUUAUCCGGGGUACCCGGCCUUCAAGAAACACAGCGGCAACCGAGUGAAAGCGUUUUGGGCUGUGCCCAACACUCCUCAAGCCAGAGAGGUUCUUCAAGCUCACGGCCAGAAUGUUGCUUCGACAGCUUGGAUGCUAGCCCAGAUGGACAUGCCAACCCAGAUGGACAUCCCGGAACAACUGAUUCCGCACCCUUUACAAUUCUGGGAUGCCAUAUAUCUCCCAUCCGGGUUCCAUCCCAGGGACAUAUGGGAACUCAACGAAGAGAUAUCCAGCAAAAAGUGGCGGCAGCAAUUCCAGAUCGCUCCGGGAGGCUGCGAAGGGUGCACCAUCUCCUAUGACGGGAUGCCUGCGUGUGACACAGCACACUCGAUGAUUGCGGCUGAACAGGAGAAAGACAAAGACUUCGAGAAGCAUUCCAAAGUUGUUUCUCACGGCAUUCAGCAAGCCCUGCUCGGUCCCAAACUUCCAUUCUACAGUGUGAGUCGGCGCGACAACAAAAAUCAUAUCCGCAUGGAAUAUCCAUUCCUCGAGGGGAAACAGGAUGAAAUAUUCGAUGGAGCCAGCAGCAAGAUAAAGAAGGUUCUCAAUUUGCGUUUGUGCCUCGUGGCAGAGGAAAUCAUCGAGCACACAGAAGGAAUGACCAGAAUCGAAUGGACACCGGCCGUUAUAGUGAGUGAAUGGCAUGAGUAUCCCCUAGUGGUCAGAUUCAAGGACGGAUAUGCGGCCUCCAUUAAACAUGAUGGUGCUAAUGUCAAGGCGUUUUGGGCUGUGCCCAACAUUCGUGAAGCUAGAAAUGCCCUCAAAACAUUGGGCCACUACAUUGCCCGCAGAAUAUGUUAACGCGACUUGACAUAGGCCUGGCAUAAUCUGGCAUAUACAUGUAGAGUUGAGAUUGCCAUCUCACAGGGCUGUACGAUACUAGACAUCCAGGGUAGAUGGCUGAGAACAGACGCUCUAGGCACUGAGAGGAAGAUGAGAUUUUUGCGAAGUAGAUACAGGGUAUUUAUACUUGGCUGGGUUCAACCAGAAUGGAGGAGAGGCCAUGUGUGCUACUAUAUUGUGUCGGAAGCAUAGUGACCACGAAUG